AUGCUCCCGGCCGCAUCUGACGAUCUCAUCCGCCAGCAUAACCGAUUACCCGAAGACGACAACUCCUUUGAACCGGACCAGAAUCGGACCAUUUUAGAGCAUGAACCAAGUGCGAAAGGCAAAAAGAAGAAGAGCAAGAAGAACAAGGUGGCCAGAGCUCUAACCGAAACCCCACUGGGUGAUAUGUAUGUGCCCACCGCUGAUUGCCUGUUUUCUGAUGAAUGCGCGCCAUUAACGCCAGAUUGCAUGGAUAGUCUACAACCCUCUGCCCCAAUACCAGAAGAGUCUCUUUCAUUCCCAGAUCCUGAACAUCUUAUUGAACGUCAUGUGAACCCAAUUAUCACGUCUCCUGUCUUGGAUGUCUUCGACUCUCUCGAUGAGCCAGCGGGUGACGACCUCACUAGCCGCACCGACACGUGGGCGCAGUCGGUGCCCUAUGGAAAGAGCCCGCCCACCGAUCUAAUGGAUGGGGAUAUCCCAAGUGCAUCGCUGCCUAGUGCAUCGCCCUUGAACUUUCCAACGAUUCAAGAAAGGAGUUGCUUCAUUCACCCUUCCUCGGCAUCUCCUCAGACUCGGACUUUACCAUCUAGCUAUGGUCAUAGCUACCGAAGCAGUCUGAACUCGAGGCAACAGUCUGUAGACAGAAGAAAGAGCCACUCUUACGGGGGCCCAAUGAAUAAUCACGCACCUCCCCCCCACCUCCCUCAAGCACAUUUCUUCGGAGCACCGGAUAUUGAUGUCCUUCCAACUCAAAAUCGAUCAACCACCAACGGAAGUUACUCAUUUUGUAGCUUCGAUACACUGCCUAGUUUGUCACCUAAAGGCUCGCGAACCGGAAUGAACGUUUUGCUGGUUGGGACAGAUGGCGCCGUUGAGAUCCUCGCCAUCGAAGAUUGCCGAACUCGGCUCGUGGGGCAGAUCACUGGGCUAAAUGGCCGUGUAAUCGAAGCCAAACUCUUAUAUGGCAGCCCAAUCAGCGACCCGUUUUCAUCGUCCCAGCCGCAUGUAGCUGUCAUUGUUCAUGGGCCGUUGCCGCCACAUGAGGAGGAAGGUCGAGUGUCGUCUGCAACAUCGGAUGCAAAUGAAAUUCCUCCCUCGACUAUUCGCGGUCACUUUAACGACAAGCGCUCAGCGCGAGAAGACAUCCAAUUCUACCAAACCCGAGUUGAAGUUUACUCUUUCCGAACCGGCGAACAUAUCUCUACCUUGUUUGCAAGCAAGCCUGUGCCAUGUCUGGAAAGUUAUCCUGGCGUCCCAUCCUUUGCACCAUCGCCUAUUGGAAAAUUGAAGCUCUUCACAACCGGUAUCUACAUUAUCUUAGCAUCCGGCGUCAGCGGGGAAGUUUAUGUUUAUAGACAUCUCCUAUCCCCAGAUACCACUCCAUACCAGUGUCUGGGUAAGACAUGGACUGGGGUUCAGUUUAAAGAAACCCGGCGUUACUCGGCCUCUUCAAGUUCUACAACUGAUCCAGAUGGGACUCGCACUGACUCUCCUAAUGGGGUUUCUACCCUGGAAAGUCCCAUCUUAGCCGUACAAGGAAGGUGGCUUGCAUUCGCUCCCCCAUCCUCGGCCUACAGAGGAUCGAUCCAGGGCACUGUUCCUUCCAGUCUGAUUCUUGGCAAGGUUGCGGGCAUUGAAACUCGUAAUCCUCCUGCUGUACCCUCAGUGUCGUGCACAACAGAUGUAGGAGAAGGGGAGAGUUUCUUUGACAAAAUGGCAAGAGGCGUUGCCCAAGAACUCGUUAGAGGUGCCCGCUGGAUGGGUGAUCAGGGCAUGCAGGCCUGGAACAAUUACUGGAAUACCCAGCAGUCAGCCGGCACCUCUCCACGACGGCCACCUCAGGCACAAGACCCACAGACACAGGGAUAUGGCUUAUUACCUCCAACCCAUGCACAGGAUACCCAAACGUCAGCCACAGAGCCAGACACCGUAUCCAUCAUUGACCUGAGACGAUUCGAAGACGGCACAGAUAUGCGAAACGUGUUUAUCCACCCAGUCUCGACGUUUCAGGUUCCUAAUGGUUGCAGCUUCUUGUCCUUUUCUCCGAAUGGCUUGAUGUUGUUCACAGCGAGCAAGAAGGGCGAUGUGCAAUACGUGUGGGAUCUCAUGCAACUCAAGCACUGUCGGUCUAUGGCUUUUAUGGCUGAUGACCAGACUGGGCAGAAUCCCAAUGUGCGCCAGAUUGCUAGAUACGCACGGUUGACUACAUCUAGUAUAGUUGAUGUGAUUUGGACUGCGCCGGUGGGCGAUAGAUUGGCUGUAAUUACACGUAAAGGCACCGUCCACGUUUUCGAUCUACCCCGAAGCGCAUUCCAAUGGCCCCCAUUUCGCCGUGCAAAGCCUACUACAAACAAGCCGCCGGCUCCCGACCCGAUGACAGAUGAGGUGACUGGUCAAGCUGUGGGUGGCAACCCGUUGUCAGCAGCCAUGAAGUUGGUAGGCGGUAAAACGCAGCCAUUCUUCUCCGCUGUCCGGGGUCGUGUCCCAUCUACGGGCGCUGCAUUUCCCAAUAUGAGUGGAUUUGCGUUACCUUCUGCUGCCAGUGUAAAGAGCGGGAAGGUUGUCGCUGCAGGCCUGAGCAAGUCGAUGGGUGCUGCAACAGGUACUGUGAAUACUUUACGCCAUGUCGGAGAGAACCGUUUACACUUGCCCGGGCUAGCUCGAGACCUUGCACCCUCCCGGGUGACAUGGAUUUGCAGCAAGGGUCUCAUAUUCUUGGGUGUUGUGGAUGGCGGGUAUUUCAAGAUGUACCGCCUCAAGCGGGCUAAUGUACCCGGCCACAAGAACCGACAACCUCACUCCGUUGUCGGCGGUAAAGAGUCUCAGAUCAAACUACCUGACAAUCUCCAGGGUCCUUGUGGAUCGGCUCCUUUAUCUGCCUUUGAUCCAGAACUAGAAGUCCAUGCCUCUCUUGUUCUUCCCUCGGUCACUUUCCAGCCAUCUAGUGCUGCAAGAUCGUUUUGUCAGCCUCUUUCCCAGGCGGAGAUUGAGACAAAUACCCCAUAUCAGCCGUUUCACACGGACCAGCGAGUUGGCUUGAGUGUCUUCUCCUCUGGCAGCGAUGCAAGUGAACCGAGUGGACAAUGGGUCUUUGGCAACGAUAUCCCGCUAACCAAAGUACACUUGAGGCCCUUCAACAGCUCUAGCGAUGAACAUGGCGAUGACGAGGAUGAGAAUGCCGUCAUCCAUGGACAUUCGCUUGGGGCUGGGGGAGAUAUAGAAAACCUCAUUACUCUUGGAAACAGCACAGCCAAUGUGGAGGAAGUUGUUAUCACCACUCGUCGCAAGAAGAGACACUUCACUCCACUGAAAGCCGACGACGGUUUCUUUGAAGAUGAUUGUGAGGUGCUUGACUUUGCUAGGGAUCGUGUCUGA